CCGCGGAGCAGUCAGCUGACGGCGAGACGCCAUAAAGGCGUCCACGAGCGCCGCCGCCUGCAGAGCGCUGCCACUUCGUCCACGGGAAAAACAGACACGCGCAGACGGGAAGGAAAACAGCGGCGUCAUGCUCCUUUUAACUCUACUUUUCGUGUCUUCAGUUGCAGCGACCCCUCUGCUGGGCACUGAGCAGUGUGCUCGCGGCCCCCUCUACUGGUGUAAGAAUGUGAAGACGGCGUCUCUGUGCGGAGCGGUGACUCACUGCCAGCAGAACGUGUGGAACAAGCCCCAGAUGAAAACGGUGCCAUGUGACUUGUGUAAAGAGGUGUUGAUGGUUGUGGAGCAGAUACUGAAGGACAAUGCCACUGAGGGUGAGGUUCUUGGGUACCUGGAGAAGGCCUGCCAGCUCAUCCCUGAUAAAAGUUUGACAGCAGAGUGCAAGGAGAUGGUGGAUGACUACUACCCCAUCCUCAUGGGAAUCAUCACUGGAGAACUGGAGGAUCCCAGUGCGGUAUGUGGCGCCCUUGGGCUGUGCACGUCUCAGCAGGCAGCCCUGGCCAAGGUUCAGGCCAUGGAGCAGCUUAAGUCCAAUGAAAUCCCUCAGGUCGACCUUUCCCAGCGACUGACUCCAUUCCUCGUCAAUGUGCCCGAGCUCCUCUACCCUCAGGAAAUCCUCAAGAAGGAGGCCCCCAAACAGGAGACUCCAAAUCAGGAUAGCGAUGUGGUGUGCCAGGACUGCGUCAAGUUCCUGACCGACGCUCAAGCAGAAGCCAAGAUCAACUCCUCAUUUACUGACUCUCUCAUUGAGAACAUUGAGAACCAGUGUGACCUGCUGGGACCAGGCUUGUCUGUAAUGUGCAAGCAGUACAUCUCCCAGUAUGGCACACUUGUUGUUGAGCAGCUCAUGUCCAUGGAACAGCAACCCAAGGAUAUCUGUGUCAACGCUGGCUUCUGUGCUGCUGCUGUGAAGAAGGUCGUCCCCAUGCUGAAGCUGCAGGCCGCCGAGACUGUACCUGCCGCCGAGACUGUACCUGCCGCCGAGACCGUACCUGCCGCCAAGACUGUACCUGCUGCCAAGCUUAUCCCUGCCACCAAGGUGGAAUCUACCAAACCCAUGGUGCGUGUCCGUGAUUCCCCAACAUGUGCCAUCUGUGAGUUUGUGAUGAAGCAGCUGGAGAGCAUGUUGGAGGAUCAGAAAACAGAGGAGGAGGUGAUUCAAGCUGUGGAGAAGGUGUGCACAUACCUGCCGGCCACUUUGUCUGGUCAGUGUAAGGACCUGAUUGAGACCUAUGGCCAGGCCAUCAUCGAGCUGCUAGUGCAGCAGGCUGACCCCAAGACCGUCUGCGCAAUGUUGGCACUCUGCAACGAUGCCAGCCGUGCAUUUGUCCCUGCACUCGACCAGACUCGUUUCAAGGACGGUGCCUACUGCAAGGUGUGCAAAAUGGCCGUCGAUUACAUCGAUGGGAUCCUGGAGAAGAACGCUACUGAGGAACAGAUCGAGGAGGCCGUGAGGAAAGUUUGCAGCUUCCUGCCAGACUCUCUUACGUCUGAGUGUGACCAGUUGAUUGUACAGUAUGAACCAAUGCUUGUCCAGCUGCUGCUCCAGAUGCUCGACCCAGACUUUGUGUGCAUGAAAGUGGGAGCCUGUCCUGAAGGCGUGCGCAGGCUGCUGGGAACAGAGCAUUGCAGCUGGGGACCUGGUUUCUGGUGCAAGAACAUUGAGACAGCAACUCGGUGCAACGCCGUGGCUCAUUGCAAACGUCAUGUUUGGGUAUAGAGGAAGUCCAGCACAAAGUGACCUGUAGGGAAUCAAAAGAAAUAUUAUGAUAGUGCUGCUUUAUGGUUUUAUUUUAUUUUUGUCCUGUUUCCUUUUUUUUAAUAGACUUAAAUGACUGCAAUUUAUGUUGAAACAUAACUUUGAUAUUUUGAAUGAUGUCAUGGUGGAAAGGGACUGGACUUUAUUUUGUUGGGGGGGGUGAUUACGUCUAAUGUCCUGCAGCUCAAGCCUGUCACUGUCUCACUGACUAGAUUGGGGUUGUAUUUCCCCAUAUUUGCGUUCUGGGUGUGGUGGUUCACAUGUACAAUGCUGAUUAUGCGUUCCCCUGGGUCUUCAGUCCCAUCAGCUGUCUCUACGAUUCCUUCUCUCUGAACAGCUCAGUGUGUUAAAUGACUGGCAUUACUUUUAGUAGUCUGAUCCUUGAAACAAAUUUGUAUCUUGUAGACAGAAAGUUUUGUUUGUUUUAAGGAGCUGAUAUGAGGGUGACUAGUCUAUCAUUGUUUGCACUCUUCCUACUGUUUGUAAAAUGACUGUUUCUAACCUGCAAAAAGCGUCUCAAAUUUGAUUGUCUGCUUCAAACCUUAAGCCAACUGUCAGUUGAUCUGUACAUUUUUAACAAUUAAAGUGAUCCCAGUCUUCUGUUUAA